AUGACAGCUAGCAGAGAACGCUUAGCUGCGUGUGAUGGCCGCCACUGUGUCCCCUUUGCGUUGUCACGCACGUCCGUGCACGUGCGUCAAAACCAUGAGCAAUGGAGCGCCACUUGCCCCCGAGGAUCUGGGAGCUCUGGACACGGUUCAGACGGUGGAGCCGCGGAGGCAGACAGCGGUGGCAGCCGGAGGGGGAAGUUGCUGUGCACGGUCGUCCACCUAGGCGUUGGAGGACUCGCUUUGAGCGAGCCACUUCCCACGUUCUGGAAGUUGGCCCCCCCACCUCUGGCAUUGAGGUACCCCGCUUUGACCUGCCUUCUUACACACAACUUCCUCUUUACACUGAUCUCUUUCCUCCUCAUUCUCCUCCACGCUUUCCUGUUCCUUCUGCUAUUCCUUCCACACCUCCUCCUCCCUAUUCUCCUCCACGCUCUCCUGUUCCUUCUUCUGUUCCUUCCACACCCCCUCCUCCCUAUUCUCCUGUUCCCUCUUGCUCUUUUGCUGCUCCUCAUUCUCCUCCACGCUCUCCUGUUCCUUCUUCUGUUCCUUCCACACCCCCCUCCUCCCUAUUCUCCUGUUCCUUCUUGCUCUUUUGCUGCUCCUCAUUCUCCUCCACGCUCUCCUGUUCGUCCUUCUUCUGUUCCUUCCACACCCCCUCCUCCUUAUUCUCCUGUUCCUUCUUGCUCUCCGGCUCCUCCUCUUUCUCCUCCAUGCUCUUUUGCUCCUUCUUCUUCUAUUCCACCUUCACCCCCUGCUCCUUCCCCUCUGGUUCCACUUAUUGUGGCUCCUUCUGAGCUGCCCUGUGUUCCCGAUGCUGGCCUUUCCCUGUCUCCUGUUAUUCAGGACUCAGGCUCCACAGUGGAAGGGACCAGCGAGGACUUAGCGGUUGGGGAAACCAACGAGGCUCCUAGCAGCAGCAGCAGCAGCAGCAGCACACCUGGUAGAGCCAUAGGUCAGUUCAGUUACAGUGGCACUGGGGACACAUGUCAUCUCCCACUGAAGCUCCUCAGUGGCAGAGGAGGAUGGACUGCAGUGUCAUGUGCUUUGGAGGGGACACAUGGUUGUCUGCUGUUCUAAUCAUGCUCCACACCACAGGGAGCAGUGCCACUGAUACUGAUGUACUGACCAGUGUGUCUGUCAGUCCAGCAGACAAAGUUUCAUAAGGAGAAGGCGCUGAGGGCACGAGGAGAAGGAGAAGGUGACACCAGGCAAUGAGACGACCGAUCUGGACCAUGGUCCUGCAGUCCAAGGAGAUGUCAGAGCGAUUGCAGGAACUACGGCUGCACAAUUACAUUCAGUGCAGCUGUGGAGGAUGGACACAACAGACACCAUAGGACCACCUGGAGAGAAGUUGUCACCUGUGUCUAUGGAGGCUCAAUGCUCAUCCUUCGGCUCUUUGCUCCCUCCAGCCUCCGGUCCCGACAGAGGGGAGCCUCCCAGUCCCAACCACAUAGAGGAAGUGUCUUUAUCACUGCUCCCUCUGUGCUGCUGGGUUUGGGAGACUCUUCACAUAAUCAGUGGUGUUGGCCUCCAUCUGUAAACAGAAGACGUUCAGGACAAGUCAUUUUCAUAAAUCAUUUGAAACAAAUUGUAAUAAAUACAUUUCAUGUUAAACAUCA